GGUACGUACGUACGUAGUGUAGAAUGUCGUGGUACUUAGGGACUGGUUUACUGGCGUGGCUCAUGGUGUAUGAAUGAAGGAGACUUUACACUUCUAUCAAUUUUAGAAAUUCUAGCAAGCUAGCGACAAACAUUUAAUAUCAAAUUUACGUAAAUUAUCGCACACGCUUUUUGCUAAUUCAAGUCAGAAAAAUGCCCGUACAACGGCGAGUAAAUCAGAAAUCUACUGACAAUAAUGGGAUUGAGAAAAAAAUUAAAAGGGUUGCUGGAGCAGACUAAAAAUGUGUCCCACACCUGCUGCUUUUUAUGCUCCCUUUCGCCUCAGUGGCUGCCCUCAAUUGGGAAAUGCACACCGACAGGCCUCUUUUUGGAAGAGGCCCCCAGGUUACCUGCUUGUUUUAACAGCUUUUGGGGUGUGCGGUGCAGUGAGCUGGCUGUACCUCACCUUUGACAAUGAAAUAACAGAGACUCUUGUGCGGCAAGGUGAAGUGGUUCAGCAGCCAAAGAUAUUCCAGGUUCAGUGCUCUGAGGAUUACGACAAUUACAAACGCUACCCAGGCUGCACCCCUCAGACCUGUGGGCGAGCGGUAACAGACGGUGUGGUUACACACGAGGAGGCACGGGCGCUUCGGAGAUUGGCAGAGAGAGGGCUGUCACUAGCAGGCUCUGAUGGAGGUGCCUCUAUACUGGAUCUGCAUUCUGGGGCUCUGUCAAUGGGGAAACAGUUUGUGAAUAUCUACAGGUAUUUUGGGGAACGGAUCAAAGACGUAUUUUCUGAGGAGGACUUUCAGCUCUACCGGGCUGUGCGUGCAAGGAUUCAGGGGGUGAUAGCAGAGAUGUUUGGACUGGAUCCAUCCCGCAUGUACCUUACCAAGCCCACAUUCUUCUCCCGCAUCAAUAGCAGUGCGGCCAAGACUACUCACGAUGAAUACUGGCAUCCACACAUAGACAAGGUGACGUACGGCUCCUUUGACUACACGUCACUGUUGUACCUGUCUGACUACGGCGGAGACUUUGGAGGGGGCCGCUUUGUCUUCAUGGACGCGGAUGGUAACCGGACUGUGGAACCGCGUGCAGGUCGAGUGUCUUUCUUCUCGUCUGGAUCAGAGAACCUCCACCGCGUUGAAAAAGUUGGGUGGGGCACACGCUUUGCCAUCACUGUUUCCUUCACGUGCGACCCAGCCCAUGCCAUCGCUGACCCAGCCCUGCCAUAGGUGUGCUAUCGGUCGCACUGUCCCCUGCUGGCUGGGAGGACUCCUGGAACACAGACACAUAAAAUGGGGAGAAAAGGGAUGGUAUACUGAUUAAUGUUAAUGUGCGGCUCUAAUGCUGAUCCUGCAUUUUUGUCCAUUUUCAUUUAAAGAAAAUAUUUUGAGUUCCAAAGAAAUGGUCUGUGCAUGACUCUAUUCACAUUUAAUUUUUCGCUGGCCUCUUGCACACUUUUCCUGACUUGAAGAACUUCUGAGACGGGCACAUCCUCACUUGAGAUGCGCAGUCGCUUAGCUCAAUGGAUGGUCAAUACUGAUUUGCACUCGAUAUAAUUCAGUUUGCUCACCCUGACCUAUGCCCAUAGAUGGAAAAUGUGAAUUUGCCAAGAGUUCCCAUUCCAUCCCCUUUUCCUGUAUAAUCAUCAUUCACAUUAUUCAGUUCUUCAGGGCAUGGAUGACUUGAAUUAUAAACUAGUUGGCAAUCUAUAAAAUUGUUUUGUUACUAUAUCUCAGUUGCUAAAGUCCGCAAAUGAAGAUGCACGUUCUAUGAAACUGAACCAGACACAAACUUACACAGACAUAUUUUUUCUUGAUUUGACUCUGCACACCACAAUUUCAGAUUUGUAAUCACACAGUUCACAUGUGGUUAAUUAAGCUUUUAUAUGGGGUAUUUUUCUGUAUUUUGGUUUCACCAUGCAGAAAUUACUUCUUAUACAUACCUCCCACUCCCUCCAAUUUAGCAAAAAGCCAUGCCCAUACUCAGCAGCUAUAUAUAAAUGGUUAAUUCUGCAUUGGUAAACGUAUGUUGACAUGGUGGUGGGCAAGGCAAAAACCACAGCCAAGCUGAAAGUGUAAGUGCUAACAGUAAACAGACAUGGCGCUCUUAGGGGCCGGCUUACAUACGGGUUCCCAUAGCUGUGUCUGUUAGCAUGUAUGCCAUUUUAAAUCUUAAUUUACACGGAAAGCUGAAUCUGACCCUGAGUUAGAAAAAUUAAAAAACUAAAAAUGAAAAGCUGCAUUAAUUCUGCUUAAAUCCUCUUAUAUAUUUAUCACAGAGGUAAACAUUUUUAAAUCUGGGACAGUAUGAAAUUGGAAAGCAAGGCACUGCUGCUUAUUUUAUUUGGGCUUUUUAAUACCCAUGAGAUUACCUUGAUUCUGUUACACAGUAAUGGGACUCCUUAAGCUGAUAGGAAGGAAAUGAAGAAGGAAUGCGAGAAUGUAGGCUCAGGUUGUUACAUUUUAAUUUUUCUAUUUGCUUAUUGAAAGUGACUACCGAUAUCAUAAAACUAUGGUUAAACCAAACGGACCUGGAAGAACACAGUUAUGUGUAAAGCAUCCUCAGUAUAAAUUCUUAAAUAAAUUCACAACUUCUGCCGAGUCUUGACAGACUUCUGUGCCAUAUUUUCGUUACAUGGUGACUGGCCUGCUGCUCUGAAGUGCAUCUCUGAUGCUGUUGCGGUUUCACCAUGCUAACGGUUCUUCUGGGUGAUUUAAUGAUGUGACCCAGAGAAAAGCUGCCUCAACGUGGUGCGGCAGCAACAAUCAUAUGACGGACCUUACAGAGAGCAUGCUUUGAGUCUGAAACUUUCCGACUGCAUCAUCCCUUAAUGGUACUCAUCCAUGUGUAGGGCUACCGUGGGAGAUUGGAUUAAGUCGAUGUUCAGCGUAUCUUUGUGAAAUUGUUCUUUUUUUCACAAGCACAGUUUGGCUAGUUCAGCGUCAAAAUGUGGUUUGACAGGGGAAACUGACACCUUUAUUUUGUGAAUCAAAGUUAAGGGUGAAUGUUGAUUGAAUCUAUGGUAUUGUGAUCUAAUGUACAAUUGUGGCUGCCUCUCUGCAUCUGGCAUCCUAAUCAACCCUAAGGCUGAUUGACAGCAUAAUCCCUAGUAUUUCUUACUCGCUUGGAUUUCCCAGGUAAUCACUGCAAAUAGGAAUUGAGUUCUCUGUUGGCCUGGCUAGUGAAUUAUGAUUAUUUGCUUCUAACACAAUAAACCCUUAAUUAAAUUUUUUCAAUUCACAUUCAUUUUGAUCAAUUGCUAUUAAUUGAAAUUAAUGUGAGGUUCAAAUAAUACAUUCUUAAAUGUAUAUGUAUGAGUUAAAGCAUUGCUUGGCAGCUAAAUUCAGACAGUAAUUGAUUCUAAUUCUCAAAAUUGUUGCACUUUGAAAUAGAUUCUGAGUAACAAACGAGCUCCAUUCCUUAGGAGUGAAUAUCUCUGAGAUUCUGCUGUUGGUCCAAGCGCUUUAUUGUGCUUUGAAAAAAAAUUCAGGAAAAUAUUUUAAUGAUUUCAAAACAGCAUUUGCUUAGUAUUCCCUACUGUAUAUAACACAUUAGGAUUACUGUACCAACAUUAGGAUUACUGUAAAAACAAGUGCGUAUCAUUUUUUGCAGCUCUUUGUCAGUAAUUCACUUGUCACCCCUCCCCCCCUCCCCCACCCCCAGGCAUGUCAGUCACUGUAAUUUUGUGGUGACCAUUAUGGCUGAAUGGUUAAGAGAAUGCGUACAAUUAUUGCACCAAACAGCAAAUGUAACAAUUUGAAUUUGUUAUUUUGUUGGGCAGAUCUGGUGGCCAAAUAAGGUAUAUUACAGUUUAGAGCUAGAACUUGUGGGAGAAAGUAGGUUUUCUGCUUUGUUUAUAAGCUAUAUGAACAAAGCUGGCUGGUAUUAGUUUGCUCAACGUACUCUAUACUUGCUUAUCUUAUGUGACUUAUGUCAUGGCUUCUGAAAUAGGUUAUUUUUCACAAUGGAAAAAUGUCAUAAAAACCAUUUUCUAACAGAAUCUUGUGACAAUAUGGUAUAAAGGCUACAUUUCAAUAAUUUUGACUGAUUUAUUGUUUUAGGUUGUUAAAUGAAAUUAUAUUUUUAUAAUGAGAUGCUGUUUUUACUUUUGAAAAAGUCAAUGUCAAACAUGAAACCUGAAAUAAUGAAUAAACCUGAAAUAUUCUAUAAAAA